AUGACGCUACUAAUAUGGGUGUCUGCUUUGUUUUGCUUGACACUCGCAAACGUAGUUUCUACUAAAGAGACGAUCGGGGGCCUGCCACUUGAUACGGAAUACUUGGAUGUUAGGAAUACUUUAAGAGAGCACGUUACUGCAAAUGACACUGCUUAUAUUUCCACUUACACCGACCCUGCUGGCUCCUUUACUGUUUCGGUCUCCUGUGACCCCAAGAGGCUUCGGGUUUUUGAAAACUUGGGGAACUAUAGUCUAGCAUGUGGUCUUUCGUAUUCUUCCAAUAAGGAUAUUUCCCUCAGUUUUACGUCAGAUUACCCGGUCUCUGUCGGAUUCGCCAUUCCACUCGUCCUCAAUUUUUCUUCCUCACUAAAUCAGUCCACCCAAAAUGUUACCUUCCCCUUGGUGGUGUCACAAAUCGGUGAUGCAUACAUAGUCGGCUGGGUCACCGUCACUGACAGGUCGCAUUUGGCACUGGGCGUGCGAAUGCUGGUUCUUCGCGAAAGCGGAGUUGUUGACUUGAUCUUUCGAAUCGGUCUGAUUAUUCUCCUCAUUCUGACGACCUUUUUUAUGGGUUGCGAGGUCGAUAUUAAUGUUAUCAAGUCCUAUGCAAAAAAACCGAUUGGACCGCUUUUGGGAUUUUUUUGUCAGUUUAUCAUUAUGCCUGCCGUGGCCAUAGCCCUGGCAAAGUUGACGCCUAUCAAUCCAGCUUUUGGCUUUGGCCUCUUCAUCAGUGGCUGCUGUCCUGGUGGCGGUGCCUCAAAUGUCUGGACACGUCUCCUCGGUGGUGAUCUCGAUCUUAGCCUCACCAUGACCCUCUUUAGUUCUCUAGCUGCUCUCGGCAUGCUGCCCCUGCUCCUUUUUGCCUUCGCUCGCUUUUUCACCGCUAUUGACGUCAGCGCGGUGCCCUACGGCCCAAUCGCCGCGAAUCUUCUCUAUCUUUUCGUCCCCGUCACGGCAGGUCUCCUCAUACGUCACUUUCGUCCUACCUGGGCAGAUCGACUGCGUCGAGGAGUGCAACCGACGUCCUGCAUCUUCCUCACCUAUGUAAUUGGUUUCGGCACCUUCGCCAAUUUCUCUAUCUUUCGCCUUAUGGGCCGCUAUCCUCUCAUCAUUGUCAUUGGCGCCGCUCUCCCCGUUAUUGGAUAUGUAGCCGGCUUCCUAAUGGCCCUCCUCUGCCGUCGCUCCUGGCCCGUCGUCGUGGCAAUCUCGAUUGAAACGGGCGUGCAGAAUGUAGGAGUGGGUAUUCUCAUCCUCAUCUCUGCGAUUCCUCAGCCUCAGGGGGAUUUAGGAGCUGUUAUGCCCAUAAUCAUUGCUAUCACAACUCCUAUUGGUCUCCUUAUCGCUCUCAUUGUGAGACUUGUUGUGCGUCGACGAAAACGGAGGAAGAAGCAAGAUGAAGAGCAACUGGAGGAGGGAAGCUGGGACAGUCAUUGUAGUUUAGACACGGGAAUCGAAGACCAAAAGAGGACUGCUAGUGAAUUUCGGAGCUCCAAUGAGGAGAAUGGGAAGUUUUGA